AGCAGCUGUGCAUUUGGGGCCUUAACAUAUUAUACGUGCGACAACAUGUAUAUUUAAGCCAUACUUUUCUAUCGUGGUGACCUGCAACUUUUACAUAGGUUACAGGGGGCUCCCGAGUGGAGCUGAGAAGAAUGAACGUUACAACUAGACGCCUGCAAUGUAAUAUUCAAAAGCGUGAAGCCCGUAUGUUAGGGAGCCGCAGUUGGACCUUACAUAGUAUGCAAUUAAGAUCAGCUUGCGUCCUUACACCUAAGGAUUUGUUCGUAUCGAAGAAGGCCCAUAACGUGCUUACACGGGCGUCGGAGGUCGAUAACGAAGCUCCCAGCUCUCCAGCAGAACCAGCCCAACUGAGCGCCCCGCUUGCUGUGUCCGUGGAUUCCAUCAAGUCGGCGCUGUUGGACUUGAUUUGCGGCACGGAGCGGGGUGCGGUGGCCCGGUCGGAGGUCCGCGCGGAAAUCAAUGAGCUGGUGAACCAGCUGGAGGUGGCGGGCGGCCCGCACGCCGACGUCUCCUCCGCCUCCCUCGGCGGCACCUGGGAGCUGCUGUACUGCAACGCGCCGCAGCUGGUGGCGCUGCUGGGCCUCAAUCGGCUGCCGCUGCUGCCGCUGCGGGUGGGGCCGGUCACGCAGCGCAUCCAGCCCGCCAGCAGCACCCUGGAGAACUGCGUGCAGCUGCAGUUCCCCAUGUUGCAGACCUCCCUCUCCACCCUCAGCUCUUACACCGUGGCCUCACCCAAGAGGCUUCAGUUCACCAUCCAGAGCGGGCGGCUGCACACCCCCUCCAUCGAGGCCUCCCUGGAGCUGCCCGCCACCCUGUCCCUCAUGGGCCAGACGCUGGACCUGAGCCCGCUGCGGGAAGCCCUGGCGCCGCUGACCCGUGGGGCGGAGGGGCUGGCGGCGUCGGCCAGCGACCUGCUGGGUCAGGCGCCUGCGCUGGAGGUGCCGCUGGAAGGGCUUCAGGCGGCGGCGGGGGAGGGGUGGCAGCUGACGACGUACCUGGAUGAGGAGAUGAGGAUCACGCGGGGGGAUGGCGGCACGGUGUAUGUGUUUAGGAAGUGUGCGUAGGAGGUGCAUGCGGGUGG